AUGACGACCGUUGUGGAAAAAACACCCACUGGCACCAUAUACCGCGCUGCAAAAGACUACCCAAUACCCGACCUCGACGUCUUGACACUUCUUUUCGACUCGGAACACAGCUAUGCCAAAGCAAACAACACACUCCUGCACGUCUCGGCCGCCAAUCCAGACCAGGAUGUGCUAGACAAGUCACGCGCCCGCACCCUCACACAAGCGACUUCAGCUGCGCUGCGCAAACACUUUGGCAUCGGCGCCCACGGCACGGGCAAAGAUGUAGUCUCUGUGAUUUCCACGGGACAUUACUUGUUGCCUGUGCUGGCGUACGGCGUCAUUGGUGCUGGGGGCAUCUUCUCUGUCGCAUCGGCUGGUAGCACCGUGGUUGAGCUGGCCAGACAGAUACAAGGUGCCGGAAGCAAGAUACUAGUCACAUGCCAAGCUACACUGGAAACGUCCAUUAGAGCUGCCGAGGAGGCUGGAUGGGGGAAAUGCGGUGGGGGAAGGGUACUGCUUAUGAGUGAGGAGGGAGAGUGGGGCUUGAGAAUCAUAGGGACUGGUGAUGAUGAUGGAAAGGCACAAGAGAGUGCGAAUCUGAUCGACCGGGAAGACAAGUUGCCGUGGAUGAGGAUCGUGGACAGGAAGGAGUUGGAAGAGAGUCUGGUGGUGCUGAUUUAUAGUUCGGGGACGACGGGGUUGCCAAAGGGUGUCAAGUUGAGUCAUAGGAAUUUGGUAAGCCAAGCUGUUACUACGGGGGAUAUGAUGAAGAGCUGGAUAAAGGAGAAGAGACUGGAUUUCGAGUAUAGGACCAUUGCUCACUUGCCAACCGCCCACAUUGCAGGUGUCCAAGGCUACCUAAUCAACCCCUUCUACAUUGGCGGAACCGUCUACUGGAUGCCCAAAUUUGACUUUUCCCAAUUCCUCGCCUACAACGCACGGUACCGCAUAACCUUCUUCUUCACCGUGCCGCCCAUCUACCUACUCAUCGCCAAGAGCCCCCUCGCAACAACACAAUUUGCGACGCUCGAGCUAGCCAUCAGCGGCGCCGCCCCACUAGGAAAAGACCUCCAGUACACCGCGAGCCAGAAACUCGGCGGGCCCGACUGCUUCAUCGACCAAACGUGGGGCCUGUCCGAGACGACGGGUUCCACGACGAUUAUGCCCCCGGGCACGCACGACGAUACGGGUUCUGUGGCGCCUUUGAUACCCAAUAUGCGCGCGAGACUUGUCGACGAUAGUGGUGACGACGUUGAACCCGGAACACCCGGAGAGGUGCUCGUCAAAGGCCCUGUGGUAUGUAAAGGCUACUACCAAAACGCCGACGCGGAUAAAGACGCUUUUACAUCUGAUGGCUGGUUCUGCACCGGCGACAUUGCCGUGUUUAGGAAUGGCCUGUUUUACGUCGUGGACCGGAAAAAGGAACUCAUCAAGUAUAAGGGAUUGCAGGUCGCGCCUGCGGAGUUGGAGGCUUUGUUACUUGGUCAUCCUGACAUAUUGGAUGCGGCGGUCAUUGGGGUGCCGACGGAUGACGGCACCAACGAGGUACCCAGGGCUUACGUUGUCGUUGGGGAUAGAGGGAAGACUGGGGCAGACGAGAUUGUACAAUUCGUCAAGGAGAAUGUGGCGGGGUAUAAGCAGUUAAGAGGGGGUGUCAUUUUUCUAGAUGAGAUUCCAAAAAGUCCGGCAGGAAAAAUCCUGAGAAAAGACUUGAGGGCUCGCGCCGAGAGGGAGAGGGGCGCGAAGUUAUAG